AUGCUGGGUCCAAAACAGGGGCAUCCUGAUGUGGCGCAGCCAGUGUCUGUGGACUACAGAGCACGUACCGGGGUGAACAGCAGAGAGGACUAUGAGCGCCUGUACAGGCGAUCCAUCCAGGACCCUGCCGGCUUCUGGGCCGACUUUGCGCGAGAGUUUCACUGGGAGCGCCCGUGGAGGAGAGACCAUGCGCGCUGGAACUUUGACCGGCGCCGCGGCCGAGUGGAGACAGUGUUCUUUGAGGGCGGCCGAACCAACAUGGCCUACAACUGCCUUGACCGCCACAUUGCAGCCGGCCGGGGGCAGCAGCCGUGCUUCCUGUGGGAGGGAAAUGACAUCGGGACAGACAGGAGGAUGGUAUUUGAGGAGGUUCGCGACGAAGUCUGCCGCCUGGCAAAUUGGCUGAAGAGCGUGGGAGUGCGAAAGGGAGAUGCGGUCGCCAUCUACAUGCCAAUGGUGUGUGAGUUACCGAUAGCGAUGCUGGCCUGCGCGCGGCUGGGCGCGGUUCACACCGUUGUCUUCGGCGGCUUCUCUGCAGAAUCCCUCGCGCAGCGCUGUGCCGAUUGCAGGGCAAAAGUGGUGAUCACCGCGUCGGGCGGAGCGCGCGCGACGAAAGUGGUUCCCCUGAAGCAGAUCACCGACAGGGCGGCUGAGCUGGCGGCAAAGGACGGCUUCCAGAUAGAGACAGUGCUAGUGCUGGAGCAUCCCAGCGUGCCAAAGGGGAAGUGCUCCUGGACAGAGGGCAGGGACGUCUGGUACCAGGAAGUGGUUCCACGCCAGAGCAGCAGCUGUGCAGUGGAGUGGGUGGACUCUGAGCACCCGCUAUUUCUUCUGUACACAUCUGGCUCCACUGGCAAGCCCAAGGGGGUGGUCCACUCCACAGGCGGGUACAUGGUAGCGGCGGCUGUCACGACGAAAUUUGUAUUUGACCUGCAGCCGGGGGACGUGUACUGGUGUACGGCGGACUGCGGCUGGAUUACGGGCCACAGCUAUCUGGCCUACGGGCCACUGCUGUGCGGCGCUCGGUCCGUAGUGUACGAGGGGGUUCCCUCCCACCCCACCCCUGCCCGCUGCUGGCAGAUCGUCGAGAAAUACAAGGUGCGGCAGUUCUACACAGCUCCGACGCUGAUCCGCGCGUUGGAGGCGCAUGAUGACAAGUUUGUGCUGGGCAGCGACCGCUCCUCUCUGCGCGUGCUGGGCACCGUUGGCGAGCCCAUCAACCCCCGCGCAUGGAUCUGGUUCUUCCAGGUGGUUGGCGAGGGCCGCUGCCCGAUAGUGGACACGUGGUGGCAGACAGAGACAGGAGCCGCCAUGAUCACUCCCCUGCCGGGCGCGUGGCCAUGCGUGCCCGGAUCAGCCACCCUCCCCUUCUUCGGAGUCGCGCCCGUCCUGCUAGACGACAAGGGCAAGGAGCUGCAUGGGGCGACGGAGGGUAUCCUUGCGCUGAAGCAGGCGUGGCCGAGCGCCAUCCGCACCGUCAAGGGCGACCACAGGCGCUUUGAGGAGACCUACUUCGCCACCUUCCCGGGCUACUACUUCACAGGAGACGGCUGCCGCCGCGACGCAGCCGGUUGCUACACGAUCACCGGCCGGGUGGAUGACGUAAUCAAUGUCAGCGGCCACCGCGUUGGUACCGCUGAGGUGGAAGCUGCGCUCGCGUCCCACGGGGCAUGCACCGAGGCCGCCGUUGUCGGGUUUGACCAUGACAUAAAAGGGCAGGGGAUAUAUGCGUAUGUGUCCCUGCACGACGGCAACGAGUUCAGCGAGGCCAUAAAAAAGGACCUCGUAAAGUCCGUGCGCGAACAGAUCGGCGCAUUCGCCGCUCCCGAUGUCAUCCACUGGGCGCCCGGGCUGCCCAAGACGAGAUCGGGCAAGAUCAUGCGCCGAAUCCUGCGCAAGAUCGCGGCCAAAAAGGACGACGAGCUGGGCGACAUAUCCACCCUUGCAGACCCUGCCAUCGUCCAGGGGAUUAUCGAGCUGCGCGGGAAAUGAGUGUGCACGGUUGCAAUGACUUCGUGGCUUUUGGAGGACGUGCAACACUUGUACUUCCUUUUGUUUCUGGCCACAUGAGGACAUUCUCUGUACUGCGGCUAACUUUGUUUGGCAAAGCAUGGUCAUAGCGUCUUGCGCAGGAAGUCUGAGGGGUUUCAUGAGCAGCCUCGACUGUUCUGAACAAUCGAAGAAUAUCACGGUCCAGUGAGGCCAAGAUUAGUGCAGUUAAAAAGAGUGUACUCAAGCUGUACAGUACUUUAUGCCCCCGCAUGCGCUCAUGUGAAUGCGAUUUUGGUCUAGUCACCUAGCUGUUUGGCAGAGAGCAAAUACCGCCAGGCAGCCCUUGUUUUGUGAGAUGCAGGACUUGAUUGUGUGCAACAAUAACGAGGGCAUCACGCCAAUGAGUGCGCACUUCAACUUUGAAAUGGCUCUAUACAAAAUGGAGAUGAAAUGGCAGCUCCACACUGUAAGAUUGAAUCAUGCAGUC